AUGAGGCAAUCGCUUGCUGUCGCUUUACGUUUCGGCGCUAUUUGCCUUGCCCUGACCACCACAUUGAUCGGCUACGAUCUCUUUUACGGGAGCGGAUACUUGGAGGUCGUAUACAAGCCAUUUCGACAUGGCGACCCAAAGUACGGCAGCAACAGCCAUGCGACUAAUAGCACUACAAGCAUCACAAAUCCCAUGAACCCAUCGACUUCUUUGCCGACCCCAGCUCCGACCUCUCAAAUCGAUUCAAGCAAUCUUCCAGACGGCGAUCCGGAACUGCUGAAAAGUGCCGGGCGAUACAUCAAGUCCAUCCUCGACCCCGAUGACACGUCUCUUCCCCGGCUGGAUUGCCCUCGCAUCGACUCCCAACGCUAUGAGUACCUCAACCCAAAUCUGAAAUAUCAAAAGCGCAAGUUCUUCUUUGCCCUCAAUUUCCGACAAAAAGUCGAUCUCCUCCCCCGGCUCAUGGGCUCCAUCACCGAAGCCAUCCGCUUUCUUGGUCCCGAAAAUUGCGCCUUAUCCAUCGUCGAGGGCAACUCCGACGACGGGACCUACGAGGUCCUAAAAACUCUGCAAUCUCAUAUGGAGAACAUUGGUAUCGAGUAUUACUUCCAACACAGCGAUCUGGACCCGGGCGCCGGCGACCGAAUCCCAAGGCUUGCUGAGCUGCGCAAUCUGGCCCUCGCACCUCUGCUAUAUCGCGGAAAGCAUUAUGCCUCCGAUGCCACAGUACUUUUUCUCAACGAUGUUGCCAUCUGCGCGGAAGAUAUUCUGGAACUUGCCCACCAGCGUCGUCGAUUGGGAGCGGACAUGACUUGCGCCAUGGAUUGGACAUAUGUUGGCAAUGAUCCGACUUUCUAUGACGUCUGGAUCAGUCGUACCAUAGCAGGCGACUCGUUCUUUGAGAUUCCACCGGACGGCAACUGGAACUCGGCUUGGAACAUAUUUUGGAACGAAGCAACCACGCAGCAGCUUUUCCGAGAUCACCGUCCGUUCCAGGUCUUCUCUUGCUGGAAUGGCGCAGUGGCCAUUGCAGCGCAGCCUCUUCUGGAUCGAAUAGUUCGUUUCAGAGCACCUGGCCCGGGGGAGUGCUUUCAAGGAGAACCGUCCCUCUUCUGUAAGGACAUGUGGAACAAUGGGUUCGGAAAGAUUGCCGUUGUACCCAGCAUCAACUUGGAGUACAGUGAUGAGGCAGGUAGAAAGAUUAAGAUGUCGAAAGGAUUCACAAAUCAGUGGGUUAAACCAGACGAAGACGAGAAGCCGCUAGAUUGGAGCAAAGAACCUCCGGAGAAGGUCAAAUGCAUGCCGAGCUAUGAGAAGCAGACAUGGGAGCCUUGGAACCAGGGAUUGGAAUGA